CUAUAAGAGUGAUGGCCACCCGGUCAUGCUUGUAUCAUCCAACCAGCAAAGCUCAAACCCUGACCACCUUUGCUCCUAAGCCGUUCUAGCCCAUUCUAGUCACCAUGGUUUCGAUCACCUCUCUUCUCACCAGCUUCCUUGUGGUUGCUGGCGUUGUCAUUGCCAAACCGACGCCCAAGCUCGCUAAGCAGCCCGUAGUCACAUACCUCGGCACUCAAGGUCCUAUUUUGACAAGUGGAGCAUCGACAACCAAGGGCAUAGUCUAUACCUCUGGAACGGUUCCCUCCUUCAAUGGAUCAACUGUCGCGGGCGGUAUUGGACCACAGACGGCGCAAGUUAUCAAGAACAUCGCUGCCGUCCUUGAGGAGGCUGGUACAUCAUGGGACUAUGUCAUGAAAACCACUGUCUUCCUUGCCAACAUGUCCGACUACACUGCGAUGAACGAGGUUUACGCUGCCAUGCUCCCCACUCCCAAGCCGGCGCGGACCGCCGUUCAGGUUGGCAAGCUACCUGGCAACUUCUUGAUCGAGAUUGAGGCUAUUGCUGCAAUUCCCGACUCAUGAGGUGCGCCUGUAGAGAAGAGAAAAGAGCUGGGUAUAAAAAGACCUGUCAAAGUGACGAGGGAUUAUGGCUGGACGACUUCAAUACGAAAACCUCUACAUGAUGCGAAUGAAUGAUGAUCAACUUCUACUUUAUUUUCAGGAUAUCACGUGGCGCUCUUCUGUUCCACCCUUUUCUCGCUCUCAAGUUCUCCCUUUGCUUGAGCCCGGGAGUCCUUCACAAUGAGUUGCAUCAAAGGCCAAACGUCAGGGGCAACCAUCGAUGAUUCAUCCCGACGCCAACACUGGUAAAGAAUUUACCAUGCUUUUCUCAGAGCCUGUUGUUCUCUCUUAACCAACUUCUCUCUUACUGUUCCGAAUUUAUUCUCGCUUACACCGAUAUAUGUGCAGUGUAAUGGAUGAACUCAGUACCCAACUCUGCAAUCGCCUUUCAUCCUUUUUAAUGGCCUCGAAAUGAAGCGACGCGGUCGAGGGGUAUUAUGGCUG